CGCCGCCGCCGCCGCCGCCGCGUCCGCUCAUCCUUGCUCUCCGCCGCUGCCUCUGUCGCCGCAGCCCAGCCCAGGAGCGCAGAGCCGGGGGCACCGGCCCCACAGCCUGCCCACGCUUCGGGCCGCGUGCCGGCUGCAGCCGGCAUGGGGGGCUGCUGAGAGCGGGGACUCCUUCCCUCUGGCACCUCCCCCGGCCACUGGCCACUGGACUCUGGCCAGGGAGCCUUGGGCACCUCUGGCCCCCAGUCCGGCGCCUGGCACGGCCCUCCGCUCUGCUCCUCCGGCUCUGAGCAUCGUGUCCCCGCCCCCCCCGCCCGCGCCCGGGACACCUGGGUCCCCCGGCGGCCCCUAGGAGAGGGGCGGGGGGGGGGCAUGAAGCCACUGGAGAAAUUUCUGAAGAAACAGACAUCGCAGCUGGCCGGCCGAACGGUGGCGGGAGGUCCCGGCGGGGGUUUGGGGAGCUGCGGCGGGCCUGGAGGGGGUGGGGGACCUGGCGGGGGCGGCGGUCCAACCGGGGGACCGCGGCCGCUGCAGCGGCGUCAGAGCGUGUCUCGCCUGCUGCUCCCAGCUUUCCUCCGGGAGCCCCCGGCGGAGCCCGGACUGGAGCCACCCCCUGAGGAGGAAGGGGGAGAGCCGGUGGGGGUCGCGGAGGAGACGAGCAGCGGGGGACCCUGUUGGCUGCAGCUAGAGGAAGUGCCGGGCCCCGGGCAGCUUGGGGGAGGGGGGCCCCUGCGCUCCCCUUCCUCGUACUCCUCAGACGAGCUGUCCCCGGGCGAGCCCUUGACGUCGCCGCCCUGGGCCCCCCUGGGCGCCCCCGAGCGGCCGGAGCAUCUUCUGAACCGGGUUCUGGAGAGGCUGGCCGGAGGGGCCACCAGGGACAGCGCCGCCUCAGAUAUCCUGCUGGAUGACAUCGUCCUCACCCAUUCUCUCUUCCUCCCGACUGAGAAAUUUCUGCAGGAGCUACACCAGUACUUUGUUUGGGCAGGGGGCAUGGAGGGCCCUGAGGGGCUGGGCCGGAAACAAGCCUGUCUAGCCAUGCUUCUCCAUUUCUUGGACACCUACCAGGGGCUGCUGCAGGAGGAAGAGGGGGCCGGCCACAUCAUCAAGGAUCUGUACCUGCUAAUUAUGAAGGAUGAGUCCCUUUACCAGGACCUCCGAGAGGACACUCUGAGGCUGCACCAGCUCGUGGAGACAGUGGAGCUAAAGAUUCCAGAGGAGAACCAGCCACCCAGCAAGCAGGUGAAGCCACUCUUCCGCCACUUCCGCCGGAUAGACUCCUGUCUACAGACCCGAGUGGCCUUCCGGGGCUCUGAUGAGAUCUUCUGCCGGGUCUACAUGCCUGACCACUCUUAUGUGACCAUACGUAGCCGCCUUUCAGCAUCUGUGCAGGACAUUCUGGGCUCUGUGACGGAGAAACUGCAGUACUCGGAGGAGCCUGCAGGGCGUGAGGAAUCCCUCAUCCUGGUAGCUGUGGCCUCCUCUGGAGAGAAGGUCCUUCUCCAGCCGACUGAGGACUGUGUUUUCACCACACUGGGCAUCAACAGCCACCUGUUUGCCUGUACCCGGGACAGCUAUGAGGCCCUGGUGCCCCUCCCGGAGGAGAUCCAGGUCUCCCCUGGAGACACAGAGAUCCACCGAGUGGAGCCUGAGGACAUUGCCAACCACCUUACUGCCUUCCACUGGGAGCUGUUCCGCUGUGUGCACGAGCUGGAGUUCGUGGACUACGUGUUCCACGGGGAGCGCGGCCGCCGGGAGACGGCCAACCUGGAGCUGCUGCUGCAGCGCUGCAGCGAGGUCACGCACUGGGUGGCCACCGAGGUCCUGCUCUGCGAGGCCCCGGGCAAGCGCGCGCAGCUGCUCAAGAAGUUUAUCAAGAUCGCGGCCAUCUGCAAGCAGAACCAGGACCUGCUGUCCUUCUAUGCCGUGGUCAUGGGGCUGGAUAACGCCGCCGUCAGCCGCCUGCGGCUCACCUGGGAGAAGCUGCCGGGGAAAUUCAAGAACUUGUUCCGCAAAUUUGAGAACCUGACAGACCCCUGCAGGAACCACAAAAGCUACCGAGAAGUGAUCUCUAAAAUGAAGCCCCCCGUGAUUCCCUUUGUGCCUCUGAUCCUCAAAGACCUGACAUUCCUGCAUGAGGGGAGUAAGACCCUUGUGGAUGGUUUGGUGAACAUUGAGAAGCUGCAUUCAGUGGCUGAAAAAGUGAGGACAAUCCGCAAAUACCGGAGCCGGCCGCUUUGCCUGGACAUGGAGGCAUCCCCUCAUCACCUGCAGACCAAGGCCUACGUGCGCCAGUUCCAGGUCAUCGACAACCAGAACCUCCUCUUCGAGCUCUCCUACAAGCUGGAGGCAAAUAGUCAGUGAGAAGGGAGGUUCUGGUCAGCCCCCACCAGGGUCUUUGGGCACCUGGCACUCAAGCACUUUGAACGAUGCCCUAACCCACAUCUGACAUCUUUCCCCGGAGCAACUUCCCACCCCAUGGGGAAGAGCUGGAUGGACUUAGCCCUGGACUCACAAGCCUGUUCAUCCUGCUGACAUCCUCUUUCAAGUCAAGACCACACUUUGCUGGUUCCUGCCCUCUCUGGGAAAGGGGGUAGAGUUCCUCUGUCCCCUCCCAUCGUGAAGUUUCUAACUUCCUUUUCCCAAGCAGGAAAGAAAGCUGCCCACCCACCCAUCUCGCAGAGUGGAAUUGUGGGAGGGAUCGGCAGCCUUCUCCUCCACCCCCUGUCCACCUGUCCUGCUUCUCCCUGGUCAGGGCUGGGCCCCCUGGAUAUGCUCCUGUGAAUAUUAUAUUACCCUCUGUGUGUGUGUGUGUGUGUGUGUGUGUGUGUGUGUGUGUCCCCUUUUAGGGAGCAGGAGUGCAUCUGGUAAUCGAGGGGUGGUAUUGUGUGUGCUGGGGGUCCUUCUGUUCGGUGCUACUCUGCCCCUGGGACGUGCGGGGUGCUUCCCCCACCCCCACCACUCCCUGCUAAGCUCCUCACGCUGCCCUGCAUGCCCAGGCUUGUGGGCCAAACUGCUUUAAGGGCAGGGAGCAGCAGCAGGCAAGAGGAGUGACCCAACAGCCCUUGCAAGUCCCCCACUCAGGCCUCCCGAAGGUCCCCGGGUGAACCUCGAUGAGAGGGUGAAAGAUGCUCAGGGAAACACAGGCCUAAGCUGCCUAAAGGACCCUCCCUCUGCUUUGCAAUGGGGUGGGGGCAGCGGUAUCAGGAGUUAAGGGUGCCUGCUGCCCGCACUCCUGCUUUUUGGGGUGUCUCACUGCUAAGGAGGGAGUUGGCAUCCCCUUCUGGCUCCUGUGUCUACACCAGUAACAUGGUCUCUGUCCCUCUCCCUGUCUUGACUUCCCUUUUGUCCUCCCCGUGGAGCUGGGGUGGAGUGGAUCCCUGUACUGGGGCAGGCAGCCCCCCCAAAAGUGGGGGUGGGGGAUAGCAGAGACCAUAAAGGCGAAACUGGACUCUGGCAAGGCCUUUAUUGCCUCUGCUCCCUCCUCCUCCCACCAUGGGCCUCCAGGGCUGAGGGGUGCAGGGGCUCCUGGCAGCUACUGGGUGAGGUUUCCUGGUGCAGCCUCGCCCUCCUUUCUGGCACCUCCUCUUUCCCUCUUGAAGAGGCAGCAGCAGCAGCAGCAGUAGCAAAAGCCGCGGCUGCUCCUGCUCCAAGGGUGUAUAUAUUUUUUACCCAAAGCUCUGGAAUUGUAAAUUUAUUUUUUAAAACUCAAAGAGGGAAAGAGCCUUGUAUCAUAUGUAAACAUUGUAUAAUAGGUAAUGUUGUACAGUCCCUUUUAUACAGCAGUCUGUCUUUUUCCUGCUACAAAAAAUGUCUAUGGACAUACGCAGGCGCUGUGACACCCCCCCUCCGCCCUCCGGCUCCCCGAUGCCUCCCUGCUACUGCUGAUGAUGCCUGUCCUGUGCCCUCAGCCCUGACUUCCCGCCCUUCCUCCUCAGCUCUCAGCAGCCAUCUCACUCCAGCUUCCCCUACCCUCCUUGAAUGCCGGGACCCACCAGCCCAGUCUUGGGUGCCACUCGCCCUGUGCCCUGACGCUGUGCCCAGGGCCCCCCAGCCCCCUUCCGUGCCCCACAGCUUUAACAGAGUGAACCAUGCGUGUUGUACAGGCUCAGUUGUCAUUGCAGAAACCACUGGGUGGAGAAAAAGCAGAUAAAGUCUAUGAAUCAACCCGC